AUGGGGCCCCCGGGCAAUAGGGGAUCAUGGGGCCCAUGUCCUUGCCCAAACUUAAAAAAGCCUAUGAAAAAGUAAAAACACUGCUUUUUGCAUUUAAAAAAAGUCCCUGACCCUUUCCAAAAACGCAGCAGCGCAAAAAAAAAAGCAUCGAUGUGAACAUGUCCCAUACAGGGGUGGACUGACAACUCAUGGGGCCCCCGGGCAAUAGGGGAUCAUGAGGCCCCUGUGUCCUUGCCCACACCCAAAAAAGCCUAUGAAAAAGCCAAUGAAAGGUACGAGGGGCAUCUCAUGGGGCACCCUACUAAGCCCGGGCCCCCGGGCACUGCCCGAGUGCUUGCAUGGUCAGUCCGCCCCUGGUCCCAUAGGAAACCAUGUUUCUGCAAGAACACUAAAA